AUGACCAAAAAUUGUAUUGCAAAAUUUGCGGGGUUUAUAUCUAUUAUAGUAUCUAUAUUUGCCAUUCUAUUAUCAAUAUUUUAUCUCCCAUAUUUAAUAUCAAGAAUAUCUAAUAUUCAAAAUAUUCUCAAUACUGAUAUUGAUGAAUUUCGUAUUUUAGAAAAGCAAAUAUGGUCAGAUUUAAUGUUUGUAAAAGAGGAACCUGAAUUAGUAAAACAACGGCAAAAAAGACAGGCUGGACCUUCUUGUCAAUGUAAUACAUCAAGACGUUGUCCACCAGGACCACAAGGACAACCUGGUGACAAUGGUGCAGAUGGAUUUCCAGGAAGACCAGGAUUACCAGGUGAAAGUGGUCCUCCAGGACUUAAUUCUAUGGAACAAAAUAAAGAUGAUUCUGGUUGUCGAAAAUGUCCUCCAGGUCCACCAGGUCAACCAGGUUAUCCUGGAUUACCAGGCCCAUCAGGACAACCAGGACCAUUAGGAAAUCCUGGACUUCCAGGAAGACCAGGACCUGCUGGUCCACAAGGACCACCUGGAGAUCAUGGAGAAACUGGUAAAAUGGGUGUUGGUGGUGAAAAAGGUCUUCCAGGACAAGAUGGAACUCGUGGUGGACAAGGUCCAAGAGGUGAAGUUGGUGUUAAAGGUGAACCUGGUUCAAAAGGAUAUCCUGGUAUAGAUGGACUUCCUGGACCACCUGGUGCAUCAGGUGAACAUGGUCCACCAGGAGAACCAGGAGUAACUGGUGCUCCAGGGUAUUCUGGUCAACUUGGUAUGAGUGGUCCUCCAGGUCCUCCUGGUGAUGAUGCAAAAUAUUGUCAUUGCCCAAAAGGUGGUAGAUCCGGAUAA